UCCGCGAGCUCGGUUUUCCCGCCGGAGUCGGCCCGGCGGCAGCCUCCCGGUCUGCGCAGGCGCAGUUUCUCUUCUGGGGGCAUGGAAGUGGCGGUGCCGCUUCUGUGUCUGGCGGCGACUGUCCUGGUAUGGGGCGUCCUCUGGGUUUGGGACUCCUGGGAGCGAGUGACGAGGCCGGAGCAGGCUGGCCUGCCCGGAGGCGGAAGCCGGACACUUCUGGUGACGGCGCACCCCGACGAUGAAGCCAUGUUCUUUGCUCCCACUAUUCUAGGCUUGGCCCGCCUGCGGCACCAGGUGUUCCUGCUCUGCUUCUCCGCAGGAAAUUACUACAAUCAAGGGGAGAUCCGUAAGAAGGAACUCUUGCAGAGCUGUGAUGUUCUGGGGAUUCCCCCCUCCAACGUAAUGAUUAUUGAAAACAGGGAUUUCCCAGAUGACCCAGACGUGCGCUGGGACCCAGAGCGGGCAGCUGAUGUCCUCCUCCAGCACGUAGAGGCCAACGGCAUCACCCUGGUGGUGACCUUUGAUGAGGGGGGCGUGAGCGGGCACAGCAACCACGUGGCUCUGAAUGCAGCUGUGAGGACCCUGCACGCAGAAGGGAAGUUACCUAAAGGGUGCUUGGUGCUCACGCUCCAGUCUGUGAACCUGCUGCGCAAAUACCUCUAUCUGCUGGACCUACCCUGCUCCCUGCUGCUCGCCCGCGAUGCCCUCUUCGUGCUCACCCAACGCGAGGUAGCCCAGGCCCAGAGAGCCAUGUCCUGCCACCACAGCCAGCUGCUCUGGUUCCGCCGCCUCUAUGUGCUGUUCUCCCGCUACAUGAGGAUCAACUCUCUGAACUUCCUCUGAACCGGACGGGCUCUCGGAUCCAAGGAACCAAGGGAAAGACAGCCAGGGAGCCCAGGGCCUGUCUGGAGCAGGCCCGUCUCCCUGAGUCAAGGACAUCCCAGUGUCAGCCUGAGUUCCAGGGCCCUGUCCUCCAAACUGCCCGGCCUCUAAUAAAAUGGGGGCUGUGCAGACCCAACAGGCUGCCAGACCUGAGCAUCUUCCUCUGGGUGACAAAACCACAGCCACCAAACACAAACCAAGCCAAGGACAAUGACAGCUACCUUGCUAGCUUCUCAAGUUCUUGAGUGGAACAGUUCACACAAUGGCACAGUGUCUGUCAACUCCCUAACACAGACCUGCAAUUAUUAAAAAUAAAUGUAAAGGUCUCU